AUCAAUGGUUGCCCCAAAAAUCGUAAUGAAAAGAAAAAAUGGGUUCCCAAUAGAGAAGAGUUAUUUGCACUUCAAUUUCCGGUGUUUGACCUGGCUAGGUAUCUGGAACCCGUACGAAAAAGGAAUCAAGUACUGGCUUUACCAAAUCUUUUGGGCAUACGUUGUGAUUGUGGUGAUGGCACUGAGACUGAUGAAUAUUCUUGUGCGGGGAGUCAAUGCAGAUAAUUCAGCGCAAUUUCUUCAAGAGUUUGCACUGUUGGCUGUUGAAACAGCUGAUACAAUCAAGUACAUCGCUUUUCUAUUCCAUCGAGACCAAGUGCUGGAGCUGUCUGAUGCGUUUAAUUGGGAAAGACAUUUGCCAGGGACUGACGAAAUUAGGCAAUACCGAAACAGAGUGCUCACCAGAUCAUUGAGGUCCUCCAAGACAUUCACCAUCAUCAUCAUCAUCACUCUCCUGCAAUACUUCACGUUUUCCUUCUACUCUGCCUUUUGUGAGGCUGAUUACAAGGUUGAAAAGCUGCCCAUAGGGGUUCCACCCAUGAAGUACUGUUUCAUUUUGAAGAAUUUCUGGUUUGCAUUCGUCUGCGACUACAUAUCAUUCACACAACUCGGUCUGAUUGCCGUUGCUCAUGACGCAUUUAUCAUGGCUGUGAUGAUAAACGUCAAAGCACAGCUGAAGAUCCUCAAUUUUCGGAUGGAGCGCUGUCACCUGGUAGUUCAUGAAGACCCCAAAGAUGACGAAGAAUCAGACAUCAUUGAUUUCGAAUGCGAUGUCAAAAGGAACAGCAAGGAAUGCAUGUCGAAUCCGAAUGAAGAACUCAUCGAUUGCAUCAAGUUUCACCAACAAAUUGUCAGGACAUUGGGAAUAUUCAAAAAAAUUUACAACAAAGCCCUUUUGCCUCAGCUGACCAUCAGCUUACUGCUAAUUACUGUGCUUCUACUGCAGAUGAUUCUGGGCAGGGAAGGAAAUAGUGCUGAUGCUGUAGUUGCAGUGGGAUUUUUAAUCCCAGUUUUGCUCCAAUUGCUGACAUUUUGUUGGGGUGGCAAUAUGAUUCUGGUGGAGAGCGAUAAAUCAAGCAAUUCUUUGUACAUGUCUCAUUGGUAUGAAGGAAACAGAACCUUCAGGAAUAAUGUGAAAAUAUUUAUUGGUGCUAUUAGGAAACCGCUGAUAGUCAGUGCUGGUGGUCUCUGCGAUUUAUCAGCUGUUACUUUCAAAAAUAUUCUCAGUAAAGCAUAUUCCGGAGUAGCUGUUCUACAAAAUAUGAAUGAAUAAGCAGUGCAUCUGGUUUCGAGUAGUUUCAAUAGUC